UUGAGCUGGUAUCAAUGGUCUCGCUGACAAAAACCAAACAACGAAACAAUGCUUCAAUGUUUCUUACGUUCCUCCAAAACUGUAACAACUGUUCCUCGUUCACUCACCUCCCUCAUAAACCCUUCAUUCCUCUUGUUCUACUCCUCAUCUCCGAAUCCACCGCCCAAUCAGCGGCAACCGUCGCCGUCGCCAAUAGCUUCCCCUACGCGAGUCCUGAAACUGAUAUCCGCCCAGUCCGACCCUCUCCUCGCUAAAGAAAUCUUCGAUAUCGCCACCACCCAACCCGGUUUUCGUCACUCUUACUCUUCCUUCCUCGUCCUCAUUCUCAAACUCGGCCGUUCCAAGCACUUCUCUCUUGUCGACGACCUUCUCGUUCGUCUCAAAUCCGAUCAAUAUCGGGUAACCCCGACUCUCUUUUCUUACCUCAUCAAAAUCUACGCCGAAGCUGAUUUACCGGAGAAAGCUCUCAGUGUGUUCUACAAAAUGCUUGAAUUCAACGUUAAGCCUUUACCCAGACACUUAAAUCGUAUCCUCGAGCUGCUUGUUUCUCAUCGUAACUUCAUCAUGCCUGCUUUCGACCUUUUCAAGACUGCCCAUAAAUACGGUGUUUUCCCCAAUACCAAAUCUUACAACAUUUUGAUGGGUGCUUUUUGUUUGAACGGGGGUUUGAGUAUUGCGUACAAACUGUUCAACAAAAUGUUUGAAAGAGACGUUAUGCCUGAUGUCGAGUCUUAUAGGAUAUUAAUGCAAGGGCUAUGCAGGAAGAGUCAAGUGAAUAGAGCUGUAGAUUUGUUAGAAGAUAUGUUGAAUAAAGGAUUCGAACCGGAUUCAUUGAGUUAUACUACUUUGUUGAAUAGUUUGUGUAGGAAGAAGAAGCUUAGAGAAGCUUAUAAGCUUCUUUGUAGAAUGAAAGUUAAAGGGUGUAACCCUGACAUUGUGCAUUAUAAUACUGUUAUAUUGGGUUUUUGUAGAGAAGGAAGAGCUAUGGAUGCUGUUAAGGUUCUUGAGGAUAUGCCUUCAAAUGGGUGUUUGCCUAAUUUGGUUUCUUAUAGGACUUUGGUUGGAGGGUUAUGUGAUCAAGGGAUGUUUGAUGAGGCUAAAAAGUAUAUGGAGGAAAUGUUGUCAAAAGGGUUUUCGCCACAUUUUUCAGUUUCUCAUGCUUUAAUCAAAGGGUUUUGCAGUGUUGGUAAGAUUGAUGCAGCUACUGAAGUGCUAGGGGAAAUGCUUGAGCUCCGGGAAGUACCGCAUACGGAUACUUGGGGAACGAUAGUUCCUACAAUCUGUGAAGAUUAUGAAACAGAGAAAAUGGAGGAGAUUUUAGAAGAGGUUAUAAAGGUAGAAAUUAAAAGAGACACAAGAAUAGUAGAGGCAGGCAUUGGAUUGGAGAAUUACUUGAUUAGGAAAAUAAGAAAUAGAUCAAAGUGAUAUUGUAUAUUACUACAGAUAAUGCAGAUUUCAUUGGCUAUAUAUGUUCCCUGGUGUCCAGGAUUGUUGAGGUGUUAAUCCAGUGUGGUGAUUGCAGGUAAUUUGGAUGAUUGGGUGUCUGCCUCCCCACCCUUUAAAGGGAGGCUGCUGAUGCAGAGAUGCCAUCUGCUUUCUGAUAUUUGGAUCCACAUAAAAGCCAUCAUAAAGAAAAGCUUCAAUGGCUGCAAGCUGUUUGUUUCAAUAAAGGUUCACUUUAUUACAGUCUUGAAGAAGUGUUUCCAUGGUCCACCGGCCUUUUUGCCGGGUACCAAGGUGGUUGGUGGCAGAUGCAAAACGUUUCUUCGAGCAAUUUUAUUUGUAAAAUCAUUACCUAUUUGCAAUUGAAAAUUGGGCCUAAUUCA